AGAGACUUUGCUGCUGAGGAAAUUUAUUUGGUAGAUUGAAGGUUUGAACAGAGCUACAGAAACGCAAGGGGAAAAAUCCUUACAAACCGAUGGUGUUCGAGAGGAAAAUAACCCCAUUGCCUUGAGUUUGUAGGUGCCACUACUACUCUGGGAAAAUGGCAGAUGACGAAGAAUAUGAGGAGGUGGUGGAGUAUUACACGGAGGAGACAGUCUAUGAAGAGGUACCAGGGGAGACAAUAACAGAAGUCUAUGAAACUACGACCACAAGGACAUCUGGCUAUGAGCAAUCAGAUACUUCCCAACCAGCAGUGGCACAGCCAAUGCCCGCAAAGCCGGUGGAGAGGAAGAAAGUUAUUCGAAAGAAAGUGGACCCUUCAAAGUUCAUGACUCCCUACAUUGCACACAGUCAGAAAAUGCAGGAUCUCUUUAGCACAAAUAAAUACAAGAAGAACUAUGAAAAAGCAAAAGGAAAGCCAUAUGCCAUCACCACAGAUACCCCAGAACUUCGCAGAAUCAAGAAAGUACAAGAUCAACUCAGUGAGGUUAAGUAUCGAAUUGAUGGCGAUGUUGCUAAAACUAUUUGUCAUGUUGAUGAAAAAGCAAAGGACAUUGAACAUGCAAAGAAAGUGUCGCAGCAAGUCAGUAAGGUUUUAUAUAAGCAGAACUGGGAAGACACCAAGGAUAAGUACCUGCUUCCUCCUGAUGCCCCUGAACUUGUCCAGGCCAUCAAGAACACAGCUAUGUUCAGUAAGAAACUGUACACUGAAGACUGGGAAGCUGACAAAAGUUUGUUUUAUCCAUAUAACGAUAGCCCAGAGCUGAGGAGGGUCGCCCAAGCCCAGAAAGCUCUCAGUGAUAUUGCCUACAAAAAAGGUCAUGCUGAACAGCAAACUCAAUUCACGUCUCUGCCAGAUCCUCCAGAUAUAGAAUUCGCCAAGAAAGUGACCAAUCAAGUGAGCAAGCAAAAAUACAAGGAAGACUAUGAAAAUAAAAUCAAAGGCAAAUGGAGUGAGACCCCUUGCUUUGAAGUUGCAACUGCCAGAAUGAAUGCAAAGAACAUCAGCACAAGGAAAUACCAGGAAGAUUUUGAGAAUAUGAAAGACCAGAUCUACUUCAUGCAGACUGAAACACCAGAGUACAAAGUGAAUAAACAAGCUGGGACGGCAGCUAGCAAGGUAAAAUACAAAGAAGACUAUGAAAAGAAUAAAGGAAAGGCAGAUUAUAAUGUACUUCCCGCUUCAGAAAACCCACUACUCAAGCACCUGAAGGCAGCAGGAGAUGCUCUAAGUGAUAAAAGAUACAAAGAAAACUAUGAAAAGACAAAGGCAAAGAGCAUAAAUUACUGCGAGACCCCCAAAUUUAAGCUAGAUACGGUUCUGCAUAACUUCAGUAGUGAUACUAAAUAUAAAGAUUCCUACUUGAAGAAUAUUUUGGGACAUUAUGUAGGCAGCUUUGAGGAUCCGUAUCAUACACACUGCAUGAAAGUUGCAGCUCAAAACAGUGAUAAAAACUACAAAGCAGAAUAUGAAGAGGACAGAGGCAAAGGUUUCUUCCCCCAGACCAUAACUCAAGAAUAUGAAGCAAUCAAGAAAUUAGACCAGUGUAAAGACCACACCUACAAAGUCCACCCAGAUAAGACAAAAUUCACUCAAGUUACCGACUCUCCUGUUCUGGUGCAAGCCCAAGUCAAUUCCAAACAGUUGAGUGAUCUAAAUUACAAAGCAAAACAUGAAAAUGAAAAGUUCAAGUGCCAUAUACCUCCAGAUACUCCUGCAUUUAUCCAGCACAAAGUCAACGCCUAUAACCUGAGUGAUAAUGUUUAUAAGCAUGACUGGGAAAAGACCAAAGCUAAGAAGUUUGACAUUAAGGUGGACGCCAUUCCCCUGCUAGCAGCCAAAGCCAACACCAAGAACACCAGCGAUGUGAUGUACAAGAAAGACUAUGAGAAAAGCAAAGGGAAGAUGAUUGGAGCCCUCAGCAUCAACGAUGAUCCCAAAAUGUUGCACUCUUUGAAGACGGCCAAAAACCAGAGUGAUAGAUUAUACAAGGAAAACUAUGAGAAGACAAAAGCAAGGAGCAUGAAUUACUGUGAGACCCCUAAGUAUCAACUUGAUACUCUGCUGAAGAACUUCAGUGAGGCUAAAUAUAAAGACUCAUAUGUACAGAAUGUCUUGGGACACUAUAUAGGCAGCUUUGAAGACCCAUACCAACUACACUGCAUGAAAGUUUCAGCUCAAAAUAGUGACAAAAAUUAUAAAGCAGAAUAUGAAGAAGAUAAAGGGAAAUGUUAUUUCCCUCAGACGAUAACACAAGAAUAUGAAGCAAUCAAGAAGCUAGACCAGUGUAAAGAUCACACCUACAAAAUUCAUCCAGAUAAGACCAAAUUCACAGCCGUCACUGAUACUCCUGUACUAUUGCAAGCCCAGCUCAACACAAAACAGCUGAGUGAUCUGAAUUACAAGGCAAAACAUGAAGGUGAAAAGUUCAAGUGCAACAUACCCGCAGAUGCUCCGCAGUUUAUACAACACAGAGUCAAUGCCUAUAACCUGAGUGACAAUGUUUAUAAGCAUGACUGGGAAAAGACCAAAGCUAAGAAGUUUGACAUUAAGGUGGACGCCAUUCCCCUGCUAGCAGCCAAAGCCAACACCAAGAACACCAGCGAUGUGAUGUACAAGAAAGACUAUGAGAAAAGCAAAGGGAAGAUGAUUGGAGCCCUCAGCAUCAACGAUGAUCCCAAAAUGUUGCACUCUUUGAAGACGGCCAAAAACCAGAGUGAUCGUGAAUAUCGUAAAGACUAUGAAAAGUCCAAAACUAUCUACACGGCACCUCUUGACAUGCUCCAAGUCACUCAAGCUAAGAAAUCUCAGGCAAUUGCCAGCGACGUGGACUAUAAGCACCCCUUACACAACUAUAGCUACCCGCCUGAUAGCAUCAACGUGGACCUCGCCAAGAAGGCUUAUGCGCUACAGAGUGAUGUUGAAUACAAAGCUGACUACAACAGCUGGAUGAAAGGUUGUGGCUGGAUACCUUUUGGGUCCUUGGAAAUGGAAAAGGCAAAGCGAGCCUCAGACAUUCUGAAUGAGAAAAAAUAUCGCCAACAUCCAGAAACUCUCAAGUUUACUUCAAUUGAAGAUGCUCCGAUUAUAGUACAAUCAAAAAUUAACCAGGCCCAGAGGAGUGAUAUUGCCUACAAAGCCAAAGGAGAGGAAAUUAUCCACAAGUACAGCCUGCCGGCGGACCUGCCCCAAUUCAUUCAGGCUAAAGUGAAUGCCUACAAUAUCAGUGAGAGUAUGUACAAAGCAGACUUGAAAGAUCUGAGCAAGAAGGGAUAUGACCUGAGAACCGAUGCAAUUCCCAUCAAAGCUGCCAAAGCUGCCAGGCAGGCGGCAAGUGACGUUCAAUACAAAAAAGAUUAUGAAAAAGCCAAAGGGAAAAUGGUUGGCUUCCAAAGUCUCCAAGAUGAUCCUAAACUGGUUCAUUAUAUGAAUGUGGCCAAGAUCCAAUCAGACCGCGAGUAUAAGAAAGACUAUGAAAAGACAAAGACAAAAUACAACACACCCCAUGACAUGUUCAAUGUUGUGGCAGCUAAGAAAGCUCAGGAUGUUGCCAGCAAUGUCAACUAUAAGCAUUCGCUCCAUCAUUAUACCUACCUGCCUGAUGCCAUGGACCUGGAGUUGUCUAAAAACAUGAUGCACAUACAGAGCGAUAAUGCCUAUAAGGAAGACUAUAACACCUGGAUGAAAGGCAUCGGCUGGAUACCUCUUGGCAGUCUGGAGGUAGAAAAAGUUAAAAAGGCAGGUGAUGCCCUGAAUGAAAAGAAGUACAGGCAACAUCCAGAUACCCUCAAAUUUACCAGCAUCGUGGACUCCCCAGUUAUGGUCCAGGCAAAACAGAACACACGGCAAGUCAGUGAUAUCUUAUACAAAGCUAAAGGAGAAGAUGUGAAACAUAAAUAUACAAUGGGUCCUGAUCUUCCUCAAUUUCUCCAGGCUAAGUGCAAUGCUUACAAUAUAAGUGAUGUCUGUUAUAAACGGGACUGGCAUGAUUUAAUAGCCAAGGGCAACAACGUGCUGGGUGAUGCCAUACCCAUCACUGCUGCCAAAGCAUCAAGAAACAUCGCCAGUGAUUAUAAAUACAAAGAAGCUUAUGAGAAGGCAAAGGGAAAGCAUGUGGGUUUUAGAAGCCUCCAAGAUGAUCCCAAGCUGGUCCACUACAUGAAUGUGGCAAAGUUACAGUCUGAUCGUGAAUACAAGAAGAACUAUGAAAACACCAAAACCAGCUACCAUACCCCUGGGGACAUGGUUAGCAUUACAGCCGCAAAGAUGGCCCAGGAUGUUGCAACCAAUGUCAACUACAAGCAGCCAAUACAUCAUUACACAUACCUACCUGAUGCCCUGAGUCUUGAGCAUACCAGGAAUGUGAAUCAAAUUCAGAGUGAUAAUGUGUAUAAAGAUGAGUACAACCACUUCUUCAAGGGCAUUGGAUGGAUCCCUCUCGGUUCUCUGGAGGUUGAAAAGGUCAAGAAAGCAGGUGAUGCAUUAAAUGAGAGAAAGUACCGCCAGCACCCUGACACUAUCAAGUUCACAAGUGUGCCUGACUCCAUGGGCAUGGUUUUGGCUCAGCACAACACAAAGCAGCUAAGUGAUUUGAACUAUAAGGUGGAAGGAGAGAAACUGAAGCACAAGUACACUAUGGACCCUGACGUGCCACAGUUUAUUCAAGCCAAGGUCAAUGCCAUCAACAUGAGUGAUGCUCAUUAUAAAGCAGAUUGGAAGAAAACUCUUGCUAAGGGCUAUGAUUUGAGACCAGAUGCCAUUCCAAUUGUUGCUGCAAAAAGUUCAAGGAAUAUUGCCAGUGAUUUCAAAUACAAGGAGGCCUAUGAGAAAGCCAAAGGCAAGCAAGUCGGAUUUCGCAGUCUUCAGGAUGAUCCUAAACUGGUUCACUACAUGAAUGUCGCCAAAAUACAGUCAGAUCGUGAGUACAAAAAGGGCUAUGAAGCCAGCAAGACCAGGUAUCACACACCCUUGGAUAUGUUGAGUGUGACGGCGGCCAAGAAAUCUCAGGAAGUUGCCACCAACACCAACUACAGGCAGCCCUUCCACCACUACACCCUGCUGCCUGAUGCCUUGAACGUGGAGCACUCCAGGAACGCCAUGCAGAUUCAGAGUGAUAACCUGUACAAAUCUGACUUCACCAACUGGAUGAAAGGGAUUGGGUGGAUUCCAAUGGAGUCGCUGGAGGUGGAGAAGGCAAAGAAGGCAGGGGAGAUUCUUAGUGAGAAGAAAUAUCGCCAGCACCCUGAGAAGCUGAAGUUCACGUACGCCAUGGACACAAUGGAACAAGCACUUAACAAAAGUAACAAACUGAUUAUGGACAAGCGGCUCUACACUGAAAAGUGGAACAAGGACAAGACCACCAUUCACGUCAUGCCUGACACUCCAGACAUCUUACUCUCCAGAGUAAACCAGAUCACCAUGAGUGAUAAACUGUACAAAGCUGGCUGGGAAGAGGAGAAAAAGAAAGGCUAUGACCUGAGGCCUGAUGCCAUCUCAAUAAAGGCUGCAAAAGCCUCCCGAGACAUUGCCAGUGAUUACAAGUACAAGCAAGCCUAUGAACAAGCCAAAGGGCAACACAUUGGCUUCCGGAGUCUAGAGGACGACCCCAAGUUGGUGCACUUUAUGCAAGUGGCCAAAAUGCAGUCAGACCGUGAGUACAAGAAGGCGUAUGAGAAGUCCAAGACGUCCUUCCACACCCCGGUGGACAUGCUCAGCGUGGUGGCGGCCAAGAAGUCGCAGGAAGUGGCCACUAAUGCCAAUUAUAGGAACGUGAUCCAUACCUACAACAUGCUUCCUGAUGCCAUGAGCUUUGAAUUGGCCAAAAAUAUGAUGCAGCUUCAAAGCGACAAUCAGUACAAAGCCGACUAUGCUGACUUCAUGAAGGGCAUUGGAUGGCUCCCUCUGGGCUCCCUGGAAGCUGAGAAAAAUAAGAAAGCCAUGGAGAUUAUAAGUGAAAAGAAGUACCGCCAACACCCAGACACUUUGAAGUACUCCACCUUAAUGGACUCAAUGAACAUGGUUUUGGCCAAGAAUAAUGCAAAAAUUAUGAAUGAGCAUCUCUACAAACAAGCAUGGGAGGCUGACAAGACCAAAGUCCACAUCAUGCCUGAUAUCCCGCAGAUUAUUCUGGCAAAGGCAAAUGCAAUUAACAUGAGUGAUAAACUCUACAAACUUUCUUUGGAAGAGUCUAAAAAGAAAGGCUAUGAUCUCAGAACUGAUGCAAUUUCUAUCCAAGCUGCCAAGGCCUCAAGAGAUAUUGCAAGUGAUUAUAAAUACAAACACAGUUAUGAAAAGGAGAGGGGGAAGAUGGUUGGCUUCCGAAAUCUUGAGGAUGAUCCCAAAUUAGUCCAUUCCAUGCAAGUGGCUAAGAUGCAAUCUGAUCGGGAGUAUAAGAAAAACUAUGAGAAGACCAAGACCAGCUACCAUACCCCUGCUGACAUGCUCAGUGUCACGGCCGCCAGGGAUGCCCAAGCCAACAUCACCAACACCAACUACAAGCACCUGAUUCACAAGUACAUCCUCCUUCCUGAUGCCAUGAACAUCCAGCUGUCCAAGAAUAUGAAUCACAUACAGAGUGAUAAUGAAUAUAAGCAGGACUACAACGAAUGGUACAAAGGGCUUGGUUGGAGUCCAGCUGGUUCCCUGGAAGUGGAGAAGGCCAAGAAAGCAACUGAAUAUGCCAGUGAUCAGAAAUACCGUCAACACCCUAGCAACUUCCAGUUUCAGAAGCUGAAUGACUCCAUGGACAUGGUUCUUGCUAAGCAGAAUGCGCAUACCAUGAACAAGUACUUAUACACCGCUGAUUGGAACAAAGAUAAAACCAAGAUUCAUGUGAUGCCAGAUACACCAGAUAUUUUACAAGCCAAGCAAAAUCAAACACUCUUCAGUCAGAAACUCUAUAAACUUGGAUGGGAAGAAGCUUUGAAGAAAGGCUAUGAUCUCCCAGUUGAUGCCAUUUCUGUACAGUUGGCCAAAGUUUCAAGAGACAAUGCUAGUGAUUUUAAAUAUAAACAAGGCUACCGCAAGCAACUUGGGCACCAUAUUGGAUUCCGGAAUCUACAAGAUGAUCCAAAGCUUGUGUUGUCAAUGAAUGUAGCUAAAAUGCAGAGUGAAAGAGAAUACAAAAAGGACUUUGAGAAGUGGAAAACCAAGUUCACCAGCCCAGUGGACAUGUUGGGAGUGGUACUGGCCAAAAAAUGCCAGGCUUUGGUCAGUGAUGUGGACUAUAAGAACUACCUGCACCAAUGGACAUGUCUGCCUGACCAGAAUGAUGUUAUUCAAGCUAAAAAGUCUUAUGAACUACAGAGUGAGAAUUUGUAUAAAUCUGACCUUGAGUGGCUGAGAGGAAUCGGAUGGAGUCCCCUGGGUUCUUUGGAAGCAGAAAAGAACAAGAGGGCUUCAGAAAUCAUCAGUGAGAAGAAAUAUCGCCAGCCUCCAGACAGAAACAAGUUCACCAGCAUUCCUGAUGCUAUGGACAUAGUUCUGGCAAAGACAAAUGCCAAGAAUAGGAGUGAUAGACUUUAUAGAGAAGCUUGGGAUAAGGACAAGACUCAAGUCCACAUCAUGCCUGAUACACCUGACAUUAUUCUGGCUAAAGCAAAUUUAAUCAAUUCAAGUGAUAAACUCUACCGAAUGGGUUAUGAGGAGCUGAAGAAAAAAGGUUAUGAUCUUCCUGUUGAUGCCAUACCAAUCAAAGCAGCAAAAGCAUCCCGAGAAAUUGCCAGUGAAUACAAGUAUAAGGAAGGUUUUCGCAAGCAGCUUGGGCACCAUGUUGGAGCCCGGAACAUCGAAGAUGACCCCAAAAUGAUGUGGUCCAUGCAUGUGGCCAAGAUCCAGAGUGACCGGGAGUACAAGAAGGACUUUGAGAAGUGGAAGACCAAGUUCAGCAGCCCAGUGGAUAUGCUGGGGGUGGUGCUGGCCAAGAAGUGCCAGACUUUGGUCAGUGACAUAGACUAUAAGAACUACCUGCACCAGUGGACGUGCCUGCCCGACCAGAGCGAUGUCAUCCACGCUCGGAGGGCCUAUGAUCUCCAGAGCGACAACUUGUACAAGUCUGACCUUCAGUGGCUCAAAGGCAUUGGCUGGUUACCUAGUGGCUCUCUUGAGGAUGAGAAAAACAAGAGAGCUACCCAGAUUUUGAGUGACCAUGUUUACCGUCAGCACCCAGAUAAAUUCAAGUUUUCCAGCCUCAUGGACUCCAUUCCAAUGGUUUUGGCAAAGAACAAUGCUAUUACCAUGAACCACCGCCUCUAUACAGAAGCUUGGGAUAAAGAUAAAACCACUGUCCACAUUAUGCCAGAUACCCCUGAAGUUUUACUAGCUAAGCAAAACAAAAUAAAUUACAGUGAGAAACUCUAUAAACUUGGCCUGGAAGAAGCCAAAAGAAAAGGCUAUGACAUGCGGCUGGAUGCCAUUCCCAUCAGGGCGGCUAAGGCCUCCAGAGACAUUGCAAGUGAAUUCAAGUACAAAGAAGGCUAUCGUAAGCAGCUCGGCCAUCACAUAGGUGCCCGAGCAAUACAUGAUGACCCCAAGAUGAUGUGGUCCAUGCACGUGGCCAAAAUCCAGAGUGACCGGGAGUACAAGAAGGACUUUGAGAAGUGGAAGACCAAGUUCAGCAGCCCAGUGGAUAUGCUGGGGGUGGUGCUGGCCAAGAAGUGCCAGACUUUGGUCAGUGACAUAGACUAUAAGAACUACCUGCACCAGUGGACGUGCCUGCCCGACCAGAGUGAUGUCAUCCAUGCUCGGCAGGCCUACGACCUCCAGAGUGAUAAUAUGUACAAGUCAGAUCUGCAAUGGUUGAGAGGCAUCGGCUGGGUUCCCAUUGGCUCUUUGGAUGUGGAAAAAUGCAAAAGGGCAACUGAAAUUUUGAGUGAUAAAAUCUAUCGCCAGCCUCCAGACACAUUCAAAUUUACCAGUGUGCCUGAUUCUCUGGAACAAGUGUUGGCCAAGAACAACGCCAUCAACAUGAACAAGCGUUUAUACACAGAAGCCUGGGACAAAGACAAGACCCAGAUCCACAUCAUGCCUGAUACACCAGAAAUUAUGUUGGCAAGAAUGAACAAGAUCAACUACAGUGAGACUCUGUAUAAACUCGCCAAUGAAGAAGCAAAGAAGAAAGGCUAUGACCUGCGAAGUGAUGCCAUCCCCAUCGUGGCAGCCAAGGCCUCCCGGGACAUCGUCAGUGAUUACAAAUACAAAGAUGGUUACCGCAAGCAGCUCGGCCACCACAUUGGAGCCCGGGACAUCAAAGAUGACCCCAAGAUGAUGUGGUCUAUGCACGUGGCCAAAAUCCAGAGUGACCGGGAGUACAAGAAGGACUUUGAGAAGUGGAAGACCAAGUUCAGCAGCCCAGUGGACAUGCUGGGGGUGGUGCUGGCCAAGAAGUGCCAGACUUUGGUCAGUGACAUAGACUAUAAGAACUACCUGCACCAGUGGACGUGCCUGCCCGACCAGAGUGAUGUCAUCCAUGCUCGGCAGGCCUACGACCUCCAGAGCGAUAAUGUUUACAAGUCUGACCUCCAGUGGCUGAGGGGCAUUGGCUGGGUCCCCAUUGGGUCUGUGGAUGUGGUCAAGUGCAAGAGGGCGGCAGAGAUCCUAAGUGACCACAUCUACCGCCAGCCUCCAGACAAGCUGAAGUUUACCAGUGUGACUGAUUCCCUGGAGCAGGUGCUGGCCAAGAACAAUGCCAUCAACAUGAACAAGCGCUUAUACACAGAGGCCUGGGACAAAGACAAGACUCAGGUUCAUAUAAUGCCUGAUACCCCAGAGAUCAUAUUGGCAAGGCAGAACAGACUCAACUACAGUGAGACUCUGUAUAAACUCGCCAAUGAAGAAGCAAAGAAGAAAGGCUACGACCUGCGAAGUGAUGCCAUCCCCAUCGUGGCAGCCAAGGCCUCCCGGGACAUCAUCAGUGACUACAAAUACAAAGAUGGUUACCGCAAGCAGCUUGGCCACCACAUUGGAGCCCGGGACAUCGAAGAUGACCCCAAAAUGAUGUGGUCCAUGCACGUGGCCAAGAUCCAGAGUGACCGGGAGUACAAGAAGGACUUUGAGAAGUGGAAGACCAAGUUCAGCAGCCCAGUGGACAUGCUGGGGGUGGUGCUGGCCAAGAAGUGCCAGACUUUGGUCAGUGACAUAGACUAUAAGAACUACCUGCACCAGUGGACGUGCCUGCCCGACCAGAAUGAUGUCAUCCACGCUCGGAGGGCCUAUGACCUCCAGAGUGAUAACAUUUACAAAUCAGAUCUCCAGUGGCUGAAGGGCAUUGGCUGGGUCCCCAUUGGGUCUGUGGAUGUGGUCAAGUGCAAGAGGGCGGCAGAGAUCCUAAGUGACCACAUCUACCGCCAGCCUCCAGACAAGCUGAAGUUUACCAGUGUGACUGAUUCCCUGGAGCAGGUGCUGGCCAAGAACAAUGCCAUCAACAUGAACAAGCGCUUAUACACAGAAGCCUGGGACAAAGACAAGACCCAAAUCCACAUCAUGCCUGAUACACCUGAAAUUAUGUUGGCAAGACAAAAUAAAAUAAAUUACAGUGAGAGCCUCUAUCGCCAGGCCAUGGAAGAAGCCAAGAAAGAAGGCUAUGACUUAAGGAGUGAUGCCAUCCCCAUUGUGGCUGCCAAGGCCUCCCGGGAUAUCGCCAGUGAUUACAAAUACAAAGAAGCUUAUCGUCAGCAGUUGGGUCACCAUAUUGGUGCCCGAGCUGUUCAUGAUGAUCCCAAGAUGAUGUGGUCCCUCCACGUUGCCAAAAUGCAGAGUGACCGUGAGUACAAGAAAGAUUUUGAAAAAUACAAGACCAGGUUCAGCAGCCCAGUGGACAUGCUUGGUAUCGUUUUGGCCAAGAAAUGUCAGACUUUGGUCAGUGAUGUGGACUAUAAACAUCCUCUGCAUGAGUGGACCUGCCUGCCUGACCAGAAUGACAUCAUCCAUGCUCGGAAGGCUUAUGACCUCCAGAGUGACAAUUUGUAUAAGUCAGACCUUGAAUGGAUGAAAGGCAUUGGCUGGAUUCCACUUGGCUCCGUGGAAGUAGUUAAAGUUAAGAGGGCCGGAGAGAUACUGAGUGAUAAUAUCUACCGCCAGCGCCCAGACACACUGAAAUUUACCAGCGUAACAGACUCUCCAGAGCUGGUGCUGGCAAAGAACAAUGCCCUAAACAUGAACAAGCGCUUAUAUACGGAAGCCUGGGACAAUGACAAGAAAACAAUCCAUGUCAUGCCUGAUACACCAGAAAUUAUGCUAGCCAAACUCAACCGGAUAAACUACAGUGAUAAACUCUAUAGACUUGCUUUGGAAGAGUCCAAGAAGGAAGGCUGUGACUUGCGUGUGGAUGCCAUUCCAAUCCAAGCAGCCAAAGCAUCAAGAGAAAUUGCUAGUGAUUACAAGUACAAGGAAGGUUACCGUAAACAGCUUGGCCACCACAUUGGGGCCCGAAACAUUAAAGAUGACCCCAAGAUGAUGUGGUCCAUACAUGCGGCCAAGAUCCAGAGUGACAGGGAGUACAAAAAGGACUUUGAGAAGUGGAAGACCAGGUUCAGCAGCCCAGUGGACAUGCUGGGUUUGGUGCAGGCCAAGAAGUGCCAGAUCCUUGUAAGCGACAUAGACUACAAGCAUCCCCUCCAUGAAUGGAUCUGUCUGCCUGACCAGAAUGACAUCAUUCAGGCUCGGAAGGCCUAUGACCUUCAGAGCGAUGCUAUUUACAAGGCUGAUCUUGAGUGGCUGCGAGGCAUUGGAUGGGUGCCCAUUGGCUCUGUGGAGGUUGAGAAGGUGAAGAGGGCUGGAGAAAUCCUGAGUGAGAGGAAGUACCGCCAACCUGCAGACCAGCUCAAGUUCACAUGCAUUACAGAUACCCCAGAGAUUGUCCUGGCAAAGAAUAAUGCCCUGACCAUGAGCAAGCAUUUGUAUACGGAAGCCUGGGAUACUGACAAAACCUCCAUCCAUGUGAUGCCAGACACCCCAGAAAUCUUGCUGGCCAAGAGCAAUUCCGCCAACAUCAGCCAAAAACUUUACACCAAGGGAUGGGAUGAAUCAAAGAUGAAAGACUAUGAUCUGAAAGCUGAUGCUAUUUCCAUCAAAAGCGCCAAGGCCUCCAGGGACAUCGCCAGUGAUUACAAAUACAAGGAAGCAUAUGAGAAACAGAAAGGCCACCACAUUGGAGCCCAGAGUGUUGAAGAUGACCCCAAGAUUAUGUGUGCCAUCCACGCAGGGAAGAUUCAAAGUGAAAGGGAGUACAAGAAGGAUUUCCAGAAGUGGAAGACCAAAUUCACCAGCCCGGUGGACAUGCUAGGCAUCUUGUUGGCCAAGAAAUGCCAGACUCUGGUCAGUGACAUUGAUUAUCGAAAUUACCUGCAUCACUGGACAUGCUUACCCGAUCAAAAUGACAUUAUUCAAGCAAGGAAGGCCUACGAACUGCAGAGUGACAAUGUGUACAAAACAGACCUGGAGUGGCUGCGUGGCAUCGGCUGGAUGCCUGAAGGCUCUGUAGAAAUGAACAGGGUGAAGAAUGCUCAAGACCUGGUGAAUGAAAGACUCUACAGGACGCGCCCAGAAGCCUUGAAAUUCACUUCUGUCGUCGACACGCCAGAGGUUGUCCUGGCAAAAGCCAAUUCUCUGCAGAUGAGUGAGAAACUAUAUCAAGAAGCCUGGAAUAAAGAUAAAACCAACAUAAGCCUUCCUUCUGACACGCCACUCAUACUGCAGGCCCACAUCAAUGCCAUGCAAAUCAGCAAUAAACUCUACCAGAAAGACUGGGAUGAGGCCAAGCAGAAAGGCUAUGACUUGAGAGCAGAUGCCAUUGAAAUCAAGCAUGCCAAAGCCUCCAGAGAAAUUGCCAGUGAGUACAAAUACAAAGAAGGUUACCGGAAGCAACUGGGCCACCAUGUGGGUUUCCGCACCCUGCAAGAUGACCCUAAAUUGGUAUGGUCUAUACACGCUGCCAAGAUCCAGAGUGAGAGAGAAUACAAGAAAGCUUAUGAGAAGUCCAAAGGAAUUCACAACACACCAUUGGACAUGAUGUCCAUUGUUCAGGCCAAGAAAUGCCAGGUCCUGGUUAGCGACAUUGAUUAUCGCAAUUACCUGCACCAGUGGACGUGUCUUCCAGAUCAGAACGACGUGAUCCAGGCUAAGAAAGCCUAUGAGCUGCAGAGCGAUAAUGUCUACAAGUCAGACCUGGAGUGGAUGAAGGGUAUUGGAUGGUUGCCAGAGGGUUCCGUGGAAGUGAUGAGAGUGAAGAAUGCCCAGAAGCUCCUGAAUGAAAGGUUGUAUCGCAUAAGGCCUGAGGCCCUCAAAUUCACCAGCAUAGUUGAUACCCCUGAAGUCAUCCUGGCAAAGAUCAACUCUGUACAGAUCAGUGAGCCAUUGUAUCGUGAUGCCUGGGACAAAGAGAAGGCUAAUGUGAACAUACCAGCUGACACACCACUGAUGCUGCAGUCCAAGAUCAACGCCAUGCAGAUCAGCAACAAACAAUAUCAGCAAGCUUGGGAAGACGUCAAGAUGACAGGUUAUGAUUUGAGAGCAGAUGCCAUCGGGAUCCAGCAUGCCAAAGCUUCCAGGGAUAUUGCCAGUGAUUAUCUAUACAAAACUGCUUAUGAGAAACAGAAGGGUCAUUACAUCGGAUGUCGCAGUGCCAAGGAAGACCCUAAACUGGUCUGGGCAGCAAAUGUGAUGAAGAUGCAGAAUGACAGACUCUACAAAAAGGCCUACAAUGACCACAAGGCCAGGAUCACCAUCCCAGUGGACAUGGUGUCCAUCAAUGCUGCCAAAGAAGGCCAGGCACUAGCCAGCGACGUGGACUACCGCCAGUACCUACACCAGUGGUCUUGCUUUCCUGACCAGAAUGAUGUGAUCCAAGCCAGGAAAGCCUACGACCUGCAGAGUGAUGCCCUCUACAAGGCUGACUUGGAGUGGCUGCGUGGUAUUGGCUGGAUGCCCCAAGGGUCACCUGAAGUACUGAGAGUCAAAAAUGCCCAGGAGAUCCUACGAGACAGUGUCUAUCGGACACCUGUGGUCAAACUCAAGUAUACAAGUAUUGUUGACACACCCGAAGUGGUCCUUGCUAAGUCAAAUGCUGAAAAUAUUAGUAUUCCAAAGUACAGAGAAGUUUGGGACAAGGAUAAAACUUCAGUCCACAUAAUGCCUGAUACUCCAGAAAUUAAUCUUGCUAGAGCCAACGCCCUCAAUGUGAGCAAUAAAAUUUACCGUGAAGGUUGGGAUGAGAUGAAGAUGAGCUGUGAUGUUCGGCUGGAUGCUAUCCCCAUUCAGGCUGCCAAGGCCUCCAGGGAGAUUGCCAGUGAUUAUAAAUACAAGCUUGACCAUGAGAAGCAGAAAGGACACUACGUGGGAACCCUCACAGCCAGGGAUGACAACAAGAUCCGCUGGGCCCUCAUAGCUGGCAAGAUUCAGAAUGAAAGGGAAUACCGGCUGCACUGGGCCAAAUGGAAGUCUAAGUUCCAGAGCCCUGCGGACAUGCUUUCCAUCACGCAUUCCAAAAACUGCCAGGCUCUGGUCAGCAACAUUGAUUAUCGCAAUUACCUGCACCAAUGGACAUGCAUGCCUGACCAGCAUGAUGUGAUUCAGGCCAGGAAAGCCUACGAUCUGCAAAGCGAUGCUAUUUACAAGGCCGACUUGGAAUGGUUGCGUGGGAUUGGGUGGAUGCCAAGUGAUUCUGUUUCUGUCAAUCAUGCCAAACAUGCUGCGGAUAUCUUCAGUGAGAAAAAAUAUCGCACGAAAAUAGAAACUCUCAACUUUACCCCUGUGGAUGACAGAGUUGAUUAUGUGACAGCGAAACAGAGCGGUGAAAUCCUAAAUGAUAUUAAAUAUCGGAAAGAUUGGAACGACACCAAAUCAAAGUACACCCUCACAGAAACCCCUCAGCUGCACGCUGCCCAGGAGGCAGCCCGGAUACUGGACCAGUAUCUCUACAAGGAAAGCUGGGAGAAACAAAAAGCCACUGGUUACAUUUUGCCUCCAGAUGCUGUGCCGUUUGUUCAUGCCCAUCACUCUAGUGAUGUUCAGAGCGAGCUGAAAUACAAAGCUGACCACAUCAAGCAGAAAGGUCAUUACGUUGGUGUUCCAACGAUGAGAGAUGAUCCUAAGCUGGUUUGGUUUGAGCACGCAGGCCAGAUUCAGAAUGACAGACUAUACAAAGAGCACUAUCAUAAAACAAAGGCCAAAAUAAAUAUACCUCCUGAUAUGGUGUCGGUGGUGGCAGCCAAGGAGGGGCAGACCCUGGUCAGUGAUAUUGAUUACCGCAACUACCUGCAUCAAUGGACAUGUCACCCUGACCAAAAUGAUGUUAUUCAGGCAAGGAAGGCCUACGACCUGCAGAGCGAUAAUGUCUACAAAGCUGACCUGGAGUGGCUCCGAGGCAUUGGUUGGAUCCCCCUGGAUUCUGUGGACCAUGUGAGGGUUACCAAGAACCAGGAAAUGGUGAAUCAGAUAAAAUAUAAAAAAGAUGCUCUUGCCAACUAUCCUAACUUUACAAGUGUGGUGGAUCCUCCUGCAGUUGUUUUGGCCAAGAUUAACUCAGUCAAUCAAAGUGACGUAAAAUAUAAAGAAACAUUUAAUAAGUUAUUAAAGGGCAAGUACAUAUUUUCUCCAGAUACUCCAUAUAUCACCCACUCCAAAGACAUGGGAAAACUCUACAGUACCAUACUGUAUAAAGGGGCUUGGGAAGGUACCAAGGCCUACGGCUAUACCUUGGAUGAACGCUAUAUUCCCAUUGUCGGAGCCAAGCACGCUGACUUUGUGAACAGUGAGCUUAAGUACAAAGAGACCUAUGAGAAGCAGAAGGGUCACUACCUGGCUGGAAAAGAAAUCAGCGAGUUCCCCAAUGUGGUUCACUGUCUGGAUUUCCAAAAGAUGAGGAGUGUGUUGAACUACAGAAGACACUAUGAGGACACCAAAGCAAAUGUUCAUAUUCCCAAUGAUAUGAUGAAUCAUGUGCUGGCUAAAAGGUGCCAGUACAUCCUCAGCGACCUGGAAUACCGGCAUUACUUCCACCAGUGGACCUCUCUUCCAGAAGAACCCAAUGUUAUUCGGGCCAGAAACGCGCAGGAGAUCUUGAGUGAUAAUGUGUAUAAAGAUGACCUGAACUGGCUGAAGGGCAUUGGAUGCUACGUUUGGGAUACACCCCAGAUCCUCCAUGCCAAGAAAUCAUAUGACCUCCAGAGUCAGAUAUUAUACACAGCAGACGGUAAAGAAAAUCUAAAAAAUUAUAACAUGGUCACAGAUACACCACUCUACGUGACUGCUCUUCAAAGCGGCAUUAAUGCCAGUGAGGUGAAAUACAAAGAAAAUUAUCAUCAGAUUAAAGACAAAUACACAACAGUUCUGGAAACAGUGGAUUAUGACAGAACCAGGAAUCUGAAGGAUCUUUAUAGCAGUAACGUGUACAAGGAGGCCUGGGAUAAAGUAAAAGCUACCAGCUACAUCCUACCUUCUAACACUGUGUCCUUGACACACGCCAAGAACCAGAAGCACCUGGCCAGCCAUAUCAAGUAUCGGGAAGAAUAUGAAAAGUUCAAAGCUCUUUACACUUUACCCAAAAGUGUUGACGAUGAUCCCAAUACAGCACGAUGCCUCCGAGUUGGCAAGUUUAACAUCGACCGCCUGUAUAGAUCCGUUUAUGAGAAGAACAAGAUGAAAAUCCAUAUGGUGCCUGACAUGGUAGAGAUGGUUACUGCUAAGGAUUCCCAGAAGAAAGUCAGUGAGAUCGAUUACCGCCUGCACCUCCACGAGUGGAUUUGCCACCCCGACUUGCAAGUCAACAGUCACGUCAGGAAGGUCACAGACCAGAUCAGCGACAUUGUGUACAAGGAUGACCUCAACUGGCUGAAAGGCAUUGGUUGCUACGUCUGGGACACUCCUGAGAUUCUCCACGCCAAGCAUGCUUAUGAUCUACGCAAUGAUAUCAAGUACAAAGCUCAUGUGAAGAAAACAAGGAAUAACUACAAGUUGGUUACCGACACUCCCCUCUACGUUCAGGCUGUCAAAAGUGGGAAACAACUAAGUGACGCCGUCUACCACCAUGACUAUGUGCACAGUGUCCGGGGGAAAGUGGCUCCAACCACAAAAACCGUGGAUCUAGACCGGGCCCUGCAUGCAUACAAGCUGCAGAGUGAGAAUCUGUACCGAAAAGAUGGCCUGAACUCCCUGCCCACUGGCUAUAGGCUUCCAGGCGACACUCCUCACUUCAAACAUAAUAAGGACAUCCGAUACAUGAGCAGCUAUUUCAAGUACAAAGAAGUUUAUGAACACUUCAAGGCAAAUGGGUAUACACUUGGACCCAAAGACGUACCAUUUGUCCAUGUUCGGAGGGUCAACAAUGUUACCAGUGAGAGACUGUAUCGACAGUUGUACCACAAACUGAAAGACAAGAUCCACACAACUCCAGACACACCUGAAAUCCGCCAAGUCAAGAAGACACAAGAGGCUGUCAGUGAGUUGAUUUACAAGUCAGACUUCUUCAAGAUGCAAGGACACAUGAUCUCGAUGCCGUACACACCCCACGUGCUCCAUUGCCGCUACGUGGGAGACAUCACCAGUGAUAUUAAAUACAAAGAGGACUUGCAGAUCCUGAGGGGACUGGGCUGCUUCCUAUACGACACUCCCGACAUGGUCCGCUCCCGACACCUGCGGAAGCUCUGGUCUAAUUACCUGUACACUGAUAAUGCAAGGAAGAUGCGAGACAAAUACAAAGUGGUGCUUGACACUCCAGAAUACAGAAAAGUGCAGGAGCUGAAGACACAUCUGAGUGAGCUGGUGUACAGAGCGGCAGGCAAGAAGCAGAAGUCCAUCUUCACCUCAGUUCCUGAUACUCCUGACCUUUUAAGAGCAAAGCGAGGACAGAAGCUUCAGAGUCAGUAUCUGUAUGUUGAACUUGCCACCAAAGAGAGACCCCAUCAUCACGCUGGAAACCAGACCACAGCCUUGAAGCAUGCUAAAGACGUGAAGGACAUGGUCAGCGAGAAAAAGUACAAGAUUCAGUAUGAAAAGAUGAAGGACAAAUACACCCCAGUUCCAGAUACACCGAUCCUCAUCCGAGCCAAGAAGGCUUACUGGAAUGCCAGUGAUCUACGCUAUAAAGAAACAUUUCAAAAGACCAAAGGGAAAUAUCACACUGUGAAGGAUGCCCUGGACAUCGUUUAUCAUCGCAAAGUCACAGACCACAUCAGUAAGAUAAAAUACAAGGAAAACUACAUGAGCCAGCUGGGAAUCUGGAGGUCCAUUCCUGAUCGUCCAGAGCAUUUCCAUCAUCGGGCAGUCACUGAUGCAGUCAGCGAUGUGAAAUAUAAAGAAGAUCUGACCUGGCUCAAAGGCAUUGGUUGCUAUGCCUAUGAUACCCCCGACUUCAUUCUGGCUGAAAAGAACAAGACUCUCUACAGCAAGUAUAAGUAUAAAGAGGUAUUUGAAAGAACGAAGUCAGAUUUCAAGUAUGAGGCUGACUGUCCAAUCAAUAGGCAUUUCAAGUUUGCGACUCAGCUGAUGAAUGAGAAAAAAUACAGAGCUGAUUAUGAGCAGCGGAAAGAUAAAUACCAGCUGGUAGUCGAUGAGCCUAGACAUCUGCUGGCUAAGAUCGCAGGCGACCAAAUCAGUCAGAGAAAAUAUAAAUCUAGUGCCAAGAUGCUUCUGAAACAAGGAUGUAAUGAAAUUCUGCGUCCAGAUAUGUUGACUGCCCUCUACAACACAUACAUGUGGAGCCAGAUCAAGUACAGGAAAAAUUAUGAAAAAACAAAGGACAAGUUUACCUCGAUUGUGGAUACUCCGGAACAUUUGCGUACUACAAAAGUCAACAAACAAAUUAGUGAUAUACUGUAUAAGUUGGAAUACAACAAGGCCAAACCCAGAGGCUACACCACAAUCCAUGACACACCCAUGUUGCUGCAUGUCCGAAAAGUCAAAGAUGAAGUCAGUGAUCUAAAAUACAAAGAAGUUUACCAAAGAACUAAGUCCAACUGUACCAUUGAGCCAGAUGCUGUUCACAUCAAAGCAGCCAAGGAUGCCUACAAAGUCAACACCAAUCUGGAUUACAAGAAGCAGUAUGAAGCCAACAAAGCCCACUGGAGGUGGACCCCUGACCGACCGGACUUCAUCCAGGCCGCCAAGUCAUCCCUGCAGCAAAGCGAUUUUGAAUACAAGCUGGACCGAGAGUUCCUCAAGGGUUGCAAGCUUUCUGUCACUGAUGAUAAAGACAUGGUGCUGGCCCUGAGGAAUUCUGUGAUAGAAAGUGAUCUGAAAUACAAAGAGAAACAUGUCAAGGAAAGAGGAACCUGCCAUGCCGUGCCCGAUACUCCCCAGAUCCUCCUGGCAAAGACUGUCAGCAAUCUGGUGUCAGAGAACAAAUACAAGCGCCAUGUGAAGAAGCACUUGGCCCAGGGCUCAUACACAACCCUGCCGGAGACCCGGGACACUGUUCACGUCAAGGAAGUGACCAAGCACGUCAGUGAUACAAAUUACAAGAAGAAGUUUGUCAAGGAGAGAGGGAAAUCCAACUACUCCAUCAUGCUGGAGCCCCCAGAGGUGAAGCACGCCAUGGAGGUGGCUAAGAAGCAGAGUGACGUCGCUUACAAAAAAGAUGCUAAAGAAAACCUGCAUUACACCACAGUGGCUGAUCGGCCAGACAUCAAGAAGGCUACGCAGGCAGCCAAACAGGCCAGCGAGGUGGAGUACAGAGCCAAGCACCGCAAGGAAGGCAGCCAUGGGCUGAGCAUGCUUGGUCGCCCAGACAUUGAAAUGGCCAAGAAGGCAGCCACACUGAGCAGCCAGGUUAAAUACAGAGAAAAUUUCAACAAAGAGAAGGGCAAGACACCAAAAUACAAUCCAAAAGAGAGCCAGCUCUACAAAAUCAUGAAAGAUGCUAAUAAUCUCGCAAGUGAGGUUAAGUAUAAGGCUGAUUUGAAGAAACUUCACAAGCCUGUGACUGACAUGAAGGAAUCUCUGAUAAUGAAUCAUGUCUUGAAUACCAGUCAUCUUGCCAGUUCUUACCAGUACAAGAAGAACUACGAGAAGAGUAAAGGCCACUACCACACAAUACCCGAUAAUCUGGAGCAGCUUCAUCUAAAAGAGGCCACAGAAUUACAGAGUAUAGUAAAAUACAAAGAAAAGUAUGAAAAGGAACGAGGAAAGCCCAUGUUGGACUUUGAAACACCAACAUACAUCACUGCCAAGGAGUCCCAGCAGAUGCAGAGUGGGAAAGAAUAUAGGAAAGAUUAUGAAGAGUCCAUUAAAGGCAGAAACCUGACUGGCCUGGAGGUCACGCCAGCUUUAUUACAUGUCAAAUAUGCCACCAAAAUAGCCAGCGAGAAAGAGUACAGAAAAGAUCUAGAGGAAAGCAUCCGUGGGAAGGGUCUCAGUGAAAUGGAAGACACACCCGACAUGCUAAGAGCGAAGAACGCCACUCAGAUCCUCAACGAGAAAGAAUAUAAGAAAGACUUGGAGCUGGAAGUCAAAGGAAGAGGCCUGAAUGCCAUGGCCAAUGAAACUCCCGACUUCAUGAGAGCCAGGAAUGCUACAGACAUUGCCAGUCAGAUUAAGUAUAAGCAAUUAGCAGAGAUGGAAAAAGCCAAUUUCACUUCUGUGGUUGAUACACCAGAGAUCAUUCAUGCCCAACAAGUCAAGAACCUUUCAAGCCAGAAAAAGUACAAGGAAGAUGCAGAGAAGUGCAUGUCAUAUUAUGAGACUGUUUUGGACACCCCAGAGAUGCAGAGAGUCCGGGAGAACCAAAAGAACUUCAGCCUUCUCCAAUACCAGUGUGACCUUAAAAACAGUAAAGGAAAAAUUACAGUUGUUCAAGACACGCCAGAAAUACUGCGUGUUAAAGAAAAUCAAAAGAAUUUCAGCUCGGUAUUAUAUAAAGAGGAUGUCUCACCAGGAACGGCAAUUGGAAAGACACCAGAGAUGAUGAGAGUGAAGCAAACCCAGGACCACAUUAGCUCGGUUAAGUAUAAGGAGACGAUUGGACAAGGAACCCCUAUUCCAGACCUGCCUGAAGUAAAGCGUGUCAAGGAGACACAGAAGCACAUCAGCUCGGUUAUGUACAAAGAAAACUUGGGGACAGGCAUUCCAACCCCAGUCACUCCAGAGAUUGAGAGAGUCAAACGCAAUCAAGAGAACUUUAGCUCGGUUUUGUACAAAGAAAAUUUGGGGAAAGGAACCCCAACACCUAUCACUCCAGAGAUGGAGAGAGUCAAACGCAAUCAAGAGAACUUUAGCUCGAUUUUGUACAAAGAGAACUUGAGCAAGGGGACUCCCCUCCCUGUCACUCCUGAGAUGGAGCGGGUCAAGCGCAAUCAAGAGAACUUUAGCUCGAUUUUGUACAAAGAGAACUUGAGCAAGGGGACUCCCCUCCCUGUCACUCCUGAGAUGGAGCGGGUCAAGCGCAAUCAAGAGAACUUUAGCUCGAUUUUGUACAAAGAGAAACUGAGCAAGGGGACUCCCCUCCCUGUCACUACUGAGAUGGAGAGGGUCAAGCGCAAUCAAGAGAACUUUAGCUCGGUGUUGUAUAAAGAAAACCUCGGGAAAGGAAUUCCAAUUCCCAUGACUCCAGAGAUGGAGAGAGUCAAACACAAUCAAGAAAAUUUUAGUUCGGUGCUAUACAAAGAAAACCUGGGCACAGGAAUCCCAGUCGCCAUCACUCCAGAGAUGCAGAGAGUCAAACUCAAUCAAGAAAACCUUAGCUCGGUGUUAUACAAAGAAAACAUGGGCAAGGGAACUCCUUUACCUGUCACCCCAGAGAUGGAGAGAGUCAAACACAAUCAAGAAAAUAUUAGCUCGAUUUUGUACAAAGAAAAUGUGGGGAAAGGCACCCCAACCCCUGUCACUCCAGAGAUGCAGAGAGUCAAACGCAAUCAAGAGAACAUUAGCUCGGUGAUAUACAAAGAGAACCUGGGGAAAGCCACCCCCACACCCUUUACUCCUGAGAUGGAAAGAGUCAAGCGCAAUCAAGAACACUUUAGCUCGGUACUGUACAAAGAGAAUAUGAGAAAAGCAACUCCGACACCAGUCACUCCAGAGAUGGAGAGAGCUAAGCGCAACCAAGAAAAUAUUAGCUCGGUGCUCUAUUCUGAUAGCUUCCGGAAACAAAUACAAGGCAAAGCUGCCUAUGUCUUGGACACGCCAGAGAUGAGACGGGUGAGGGAGACCCAACGCCACAUCUCAACGGUGAAAUAUCAUGAAGACUUUGAAAAACACAAGGGUUGCUUCACACCAGUGGUGACGGAUCCCAUCACUGAACGAGUAAAGAAGAACACACAGGACUUCAGUGACAUUAACUACCGAGGUAUUCAGAGAAAAGUGGUAGAAAUGGAGCAAAAGCGGAAUGACCAGGAUCAGGAAACUAUUACAGGUUUACGUGUCUGGCGUACAAACCCUGGCUCAGUUUUUGACUAUGAUCCAGCAGAAGACAACAUUCAAUCCCGAAGCUUACACAUGCUUAAUGCACAAGCUCAGCGCCGGAGCAGGGAGCAGUCAAGAUCCGCCAGCGCACUGAGCAUCAGCGGUGGUGAGGAGAAGUCGGAGCAUUCAGAAGCUGCCCGCCUCUCCACCUACAGUGACGGUGGCGUCUUCUUCUCUGCAACCUCAGCAGCUUACAAACAUGCAAAAACCACAGAGCUCCCACAGCAACGAUCAUCUUCAGUUGCCACCCAGCAGACAACAGUAUCCUCUAUCCCAUCUCAUCCAUCUACUGCUGGAAAAAUCUUCCGUGCCAUGUACGACUAUAUGGCUGCUGAUGCAGAUGAGGUAUCCUUCAGAGAUGGAGACGCCAUUGUAAAUGUUCAAGCUAUUGAUGAAGGCUGGAUGUAUGGCACCGUGCAGAGGACCGGCAGGACCGGCAUGCUCCCAGCCAACUAUGUUGAAGCUAUUUAGGCACUGCAAAGCCUCACGCCUGUCUACAGGACCUACCUGCCGUUGGUAUUUCAGUUUAGAUUCUCCACUAUUCCCUGAGUUCUCAAGCUGCCUUGUGUUUUGUGUCAGUAUAAUUUAUGGCUGUACCAUCCCUUAAUUUGUUUAUAUAUGUACUCCUAUAUUUCAUCAGUAAAAGAAAUGUUAGUAUCACUAACCAGUCCAAGUAUUAAACUAGACUUGCUUCAUUAUCUUCUGGACUUGCACAUAAAAUUCAGAAACAUUAAACCCCAUAGGUUUAUUAUUUUUAAAAACUGCCAUCAAAUUUUCUCUUCGGCUUAAAAAAGUUUCUGCAUUGUUAUAUUAUUGCUGUAUCAACUCUUAUCAUGAACAUGUUUAACAUUUCUAAAACAAGGGUUCUGAACAUCCUAAACACAUUUUUUAAAAAUGGCAGAUAUUUACCCUUUCUUUGCUUUUACCGAACUGCUGUUGCUUUUAUUUCUAAUCCAAUUCUGAAGUUAUAAAGCUGAUGGUAAGGUAGUAACUAAUAAACUCUAUAAUUCUGCAACAAA